AUGGAACACGUUCUCCUGCUCAAUGCCUCCUUCGAACCCCUGCGCAUCCUGAACUGGAAACGCGCUUUGACGCUCUAUUUCGCCGGCAAGGCGGAGAUCGUCGAGGAGUACGCCCGCGAGAUUCACAGUGUCAGCCUCACCCUGCGCUUGCCAGCGGUUAUCCGGCUGCACAAGCUGGUGCGCGCCCAGCCGCGCGGCGUCAAGUUUUCCCGCCAGAACAUCUACGCCCGUGACCACUACGCCUGCCAGUACUGCGGCGCCAUGCCGCCGCCGAGCGAGUUGACCUACGACCACGUGCUGCCGCGCGUGCUCGGCGGCCUCACCGAGUGGACGAACAUCGUGACCUGCUGUCUGGCCUGCAACCGCCGCAAGGGCGGCAAGACCCUGGAGAACUGUGGCCUGCGCCUGAAGCGGCUGCCCCGCAAGCCCGCCUGGCAGUCCCACGCCAUCAUGGCGGCGAGCUUGCGCAAUCCGCCUGAGAGCUGGCAUGACUACUUGAAGUGGUACGCCGCCUCCGAAAGAGACGCGCCGGCGGCCUCUGAAGCAGUUCUCGGGGCAUCCUGA